AUUUAAAGACCAUGUGAGAGUCAACUCAAAAAAGGCCAUGCCAUUCCCAUCAUAGUGACAGUGCAUUAUUAGAGUUUGUUUUCUAAUCAUAUUACUCAUUCAUGAAUGAGUAACAUGGGUGAAUUCAUCACUUUCUUUCUUUCCUUUCAACCUCUCACAUUCAUCUUCUUCCUCCUCUUCUACAUAACACUCAUCGAGUUCCGACGGGUCAAAAAACUCGUCGGAACUGGUCCAACAACCUAUCCUGUAAUAGGUUGUUUAAUAUCUUUCUACAAGAAUCGUUUUCGGUUGCUAGAUUGGUAUACCAAGCUUUUAGCCCAAUCGCCAACCAAUACCAUAUUGGUUCAACGAUUAGGCGCACGUAGAACCAUUGUAACGGCAAAUCAACACAACGUCGAAUAUGUGCUCAAGACCAAUUUCAAAAACUUCCCCAAAGGGAAGCCUUUUAGGGAGAUCCUUAGUGAUUUCCUUGGAAAAGGUAUAUUCAAUGUGGACGACGAUUUAUGGAUGAUACAGCGAAAACUCGCAAGUCAUGAGUUUUCGCUGAGAUCCAUAAAUGAGUUCAUCAUGCACACGUUGGAGGAAGAAGUCAAAGGGAAGCUAAUUCCAUUAAUGGAUUCACUAUCAAUAGAGAACAAAGUAGUUGACUUUCAAGAGUUGUUGGGGAGAUUCUCUUUCAAUGUGGUUUGCAAAUUCACAUUGGGGAUUGAUGAUGAUGAUGAUAAUAGAUGUUGCUUGGAUCCUUGUUUUCCAAUUUCACCGCUGGCGAAGGCUUUCGAUGUGGCGGCCGAGAUUUCGGCGAGGCGUGGAGCAGCACCUUUGUUUUUGGUGUGGAGAGUGAAGAAGUGGCUUGGAGUUGGAUCGGAAAGGAGGCUUAGAGAUGCAGUUAAGGAGGUUAAGAUACUUGUCAUGGAAAUGAUUUUAGAAAGGAAGAAGAUGAUGAAUGUAAAAGGAGAGGAGCUUGUUGGUGGUCAAGAUCUCUUGUCACGUCUUAUUUCUUCAGGGCAUGAGGAAGAAGUAAUUAGGGACAUGGUGAUAAGCUUCAUUAUGGCAGGGAGGGACACAACAUCAUCAGCAUUAACAUGGUUCUUUUGGUUACUAUCACGUUAUUCAGAUAUUGAGCACAAGAUAUUGAAAGAGUCAGAAAACAAAUUAAACAAUGAAACAUUGGAUUAUGAAUCAUUGAAGAAUAUGAAUUUUUUAAAGGCAUGUCUAUGUGAAUCUAUGAGGUUAUAUCCACCAAUAGCAUGGGAUUCAAAACAUGCCACAUGUGAUGAUGUGUUACCAGAUGGAACUUUGGUAAAAUGUGGAGAUAGAGUGACUUAUUUUCCAUAUGGAAUGGGAAGAAUGGAAAAUUUAUGGGGAAAAGAUUGGUUUGAAUUUAGACCAGAUCGUUGGUUUGUUGAAUUGAACAAUGAAAUAAUAUUGAGUGAGGUUUGUCCUUAUAAGUUUCCUAUUUUUCAGGCUGGUCCAAGGGUGUGUCUUGGAAAAGAAAUGGCUUUUAUUCAAAUGAAAUAUGUGGUGGCUUCAAUUCUUAGGAGAUUUAGGAUUAAAAUAGUUAGUGAUAAGAAGCCUAUAUUCGUGCCACUUCUUACGGCGCACAUGGCCGGCGGCUUAAAAGUAUUGGUUUCUAAGAGAAUGCAACUUUAACUCAUUUUUUUACUACCAACAUGGACCAAUCAAGUUAUGUGAUGAGAGGUUCAAGCUUAGUGAUGAGAGGUUUGAUCAUAUACUAUGUAUGAAAGAAUAUCAAUUAUUUAUUAAGUUAAUAUAUGAUUUUUUAAAUGAA